AUGGAUAGCGAUUUAGAAGAAAUAGAUGAUGAGAUUUUUGACAAUAGUGAUCUACGUAUGGAUCGUCCUCCUUUUCCGGAUGAAUGUCCCAGUGAAAUUGUUGGUAUUGAAUCUAUGUAUGUAUGUUUUGGUCAACGUUAUGAUACUUGUCCAAUAUUCUUCGCAAGUUCUCUUCAAACAGCUUGCAAAGAAGCGUUCAGUUCAGCGAUUAUUACAGAAGUUCGUUUUGAUAACUAUAGAAAGUUGAUGGAAAUUUGGCAGGAAGUCUUUCCUUCUGAAGAUCCUGUAGAUUUUUCCAAGGAGAAAUGUCCAAUGUUAAUUGGUGUUAUGCGCUUUUGUGAAGAAGAAAAUGAAGAAUUAUUCAUCAAUGAAUAUCAAUUGAAAACAUUACUUCAAAAUGCUACAAUAACACUUGAAGAGUUAAAAAAUGAAUUAGUUAUUUUCAAAGAAGAAUGUGACAGGAAUGAACGGCUCCGAUUACGAGAUAUUCUUGCGAAGACUGGUCUUGAUUCGAAUGUAAUUCUUCAAAUAGCAAAAUAUUUAUCAUUGAACGAUGCGAUUAAUGCUUUUUCAUUCGAUAUUCUCCCAUUAUUACAUAGAACUCAAGCAAAAGUACAACUUGUUGAACCGUCUGAUCGAUUGAUCAAGCUGGUUCUACGAAAAUUGAAUUCAUCACAAGUCGUUUCUUUACGAUUCAAUACAGAAGAACGAUUAUCAAAUGCCAGUUCAAACCUACUAAGCAUAUUCAAUGAAGUUAUGUCUAUCUCACUAAUUAAUCAUCAUUCUAUACAUGAACUCAUAUUCUAUAAAAUACCUUUCCUGAAUAUCACUCCUCUUUCACUUUGGUAUGAUUACGAAAUUGCUUUCGAUGCUAUUCGUGAUAUGAUUAUUCGACUACCAGAGCGAAUCAAACGAUUUCAUCUAUAUAGUUCGGGAAUAUUUUGUGUUCAUUAUUCUCCAAAUCAAACAUAUCCAGCUAGUAGUAUAUAUUUUACUCUCGAGUAUCUUCUGAUCGAUAUGAGCUAUUUUCCAUUCGCUUCACAAAACGAUUGUAUGCAAAACUAUUCAUCAUGUUUAUUAAUGGCAAUAAUUGAUCUUAUCUUGAGGGCGGGUGUUAAACGUGUGUGUCUUAUUACUAACAAAGGGAAUUUCACGAAUUUAUUGGAUGUUAAUGAAUGGAAUAAAUUAACACAUUCACACUUUAAACUGGAACAGGUGACAUUACGAGUUUUAGGUGGCGGACUGAACAAAAAUGAAAUUAUGCCAGACUUACCAAACAUACAAACUCUGUUCGGAGAAACAAUCAAAUUUCGAAUGAUAUUUGUUUGA